UGAUCCAGCGAGCCAGGCUGUGCCCACUGUGCUGUCUAGCCCGGAGGCCAAGCCUCCAGGCUACUGCGGUGCGACCUUGGUGACCCAGAGACCCGUGGUGCACGCGCUGAGCUAACGUGACCUCUGCGGGCGAGUCGUGCGGGGAGGAGCCGCCUCGAGGCGGGACGCUCAGUGUCCGGGUGUUAGGGAAGAAGACCAUGGUGAAGCUGAUUCACACAUUGGCACAUCACGGUGAUGAUGUCAGCUGCUGCGCCUUCUCGUCGUCCCUCUUGGCUACCUGCUCCCUGGACAAAACCAUCCGCCUGUACUCCCUAAGUGACUUUGCUGAACUGCCACACUCCCCAUUGAAGUUUCACACCUAUGCUGUCCACUGCUGCUGUUUCUCGCCCUCGGGACACAUUUUGGCAUCGUGUUCAACAGAUGGUACCACAGUGCUGUGGAGUGCACACAGCGGACAGCCCCUGACGGUGAUGGAGCAGCCGGGUGGCAGCCCUGUGCGAGUUUGCUGCUUCUCCCCGGAUUCCACUUACCUGGCAUCAGGGGCCGCUGAUGGAUCUGUUGUUUUGUGGAAUGCACAGUCAUACAAAUUAUAUAGGUGUGGUACUGUCAAGGAUGGCUCCUUGGUGGCCUGUGCAUUCUCUCCUGAAGGAAGCCUCCUUGUCACUGGCUCCUCUAGUGGAGAUAUAACAGUGUGGGAUGAUCGAAUGAGGUUUCUACACACUGAGAAAGCUCACGACCUCGGGAUCACCUGCUGUGCCUUUUCCCCACAGCCCCUUUCUGGUGGAGAGCAAGGCCUUCAGUUUUACCGACUGGCAUCAUGCGGUCAGGACUGUGAAAUCAAACUCUGGGUAGUUUCUUUUACCCAUGUCUUAGGCUUUGAAUUAAAAUAUAAAAGUACACUACGUGGGCACUGCGCCCCAGUUCUGGCGUGUGCUUUCUCCCAUGAUGGACAGAUGCUUGUGUCAGGGUCAGUGGAUAAGUCUGUCAUCAUAUAUGAUACCGGUACUCAGAGUGUGCUUCACACAUUGACUCAGCAUACCAGGUAUGUCACAACUUGUGCCUUUGCACCCAACACCCUUUUACUUGCUACUGGCUCAAUGGACAAGACAGUGAACAUUUGGCAGUUUGACCUGGAAACACCUUGCCAAGCAGGAAGCAUGAACGAUCAGCUGAAGCAGUUGAUUGAAGACUGGUCAGAGGAGGAUGUCUCAACGUGGCUUCGUGCUCAAGGAUUGGAAGACCUCGUCGGUAUUUUCCAGAUGAACAACAUCGAUGGAAAAGAACUAUUGCAUCUCACAAAAGAAAGUCUGGCUGGUGAUUUGAAAAUUGAAUCCCUAGGGCUGCGUAGCAAAGUGUUGAGGAGCAUCGAAGACCUCAGGACCAGAGUAGACUCCCUCUCUUCUGGGAUCCCUGAUGAGUUUAUCUGUCCAAUAACUAGAGAGCUUAUGAAGGACCCCGUCAUCGCAUCAGCCUCUCUAGACGACCUUCAGAGACCAUCGACUAAGGCUGUUUCCUGCCCACUGAGACUGAUUGAAACUUCAUUUCCUGAGUUACUCCUGGAAGUUGGACUUAGCAUGUAGUAUAUCAGCAUAAACCUGGGCCCAGCCUGCCUGGGUUUUCAUCCCAGUACUGUUAUUCACACCUGCGCCUGCGUGACCUUGGAAAGUCUUCUCGAUGGAAAUCAAGCCUGUUGUGUAGGGUGAAUAUAAGUCAUAGUUCCUUCAUAAUUAAGUAUGGUCAACUGCAUUUUGAGUAUUAAACAUUUUUCAUGGUUCUUCGUGGACUCUUCAUUAGAAAAGCAUUAGGUUGAAAUCUGUCAGUUUCAACUUUUCAGUGUUAAGCCUGCAUGCUUGUCAGCUAUCACUCUUAAAAAUACCUUCAUUCAAGGAAUAAUGUAGCAAGAAAUUUUAGGUACACUUAAUCAGCUUUCCCUCUAGAAAUUCAAGACUGGGUAGGAAUGGGAACAUAUGAAAUGAAAAAUAGGGAAUAGGGCUGGCCAAGCCGGAUGAGCUGAGUUUGACUUCUAGGACUUCCAUGGUGAAGGCAGGGUCAUCUCCUACAAGUUGUCCUCCAGCCUCCACGUGCACUCUACUCCCACACAAAAAUAACUAACCAACCCCAUUUAAAUGAAAACAUUUAUAAACAAUGUUUGGGAAUUGGGGCAUAGUUCUCUCCAAACUGCUUCCUGGGGGCACUGUCAAUCCCAAGGGGAUCCUGAGAAAACCCAGAAACCUGGCCAAACCUGUUGUAGUCUUCAAGGCUGCAUCCUCACAGCAGUUUUGGAUGUUGGAUCACCUGGGCCACUGCUUGAUCAAACCAUGUUAGUCUGGAAGGAAUCCACAGCUUUUCAUCUUCUGUGGAAA